AACCGACGACUACUUCCCCGCUACCCCGCAACCCCACAUUCCAGCUGUGGGACAACCUGUACGAUGCUCGGAUGCGGGGUUGUCGAGGCUUAGCUGGAAGAACAUUCUGCGCAUAGGCAAUCUCCUAUUUCUUCGUUCUUCUUAGCAGAGGGUUGACUGUCCACCCGGAGCCAAGCCAUACUAACCACUGACUAUCAAUAUGCAUCUGCGUUUGAAAAGGCCGAAUCAUCCUGACGGACUCCCGAAAGCGGGCUACGUCUUGGCUACGCAGCGGUUGAGAGCACGGUCCGCAUCACAAAUUCAAAUUCCAAGGCUAUACAAGUGGAAGGAACUCAGGUUUGCCACAAGAACGUAUCUUUGCGUUCAACGUGAUGUAGUAUGCAGACUUCACCCAAUCUUCGCGCUCGAUCAGCUCCAUUGGCUUCAAUUUUUUCCCCAAACCCCCAAUUGGGCUGAACAAGUUGUGGGCCCUCUUAUAAUACCAGGCACUUCGCGAUGUUUCUCUCUCCUGACAGCCCCUUCUUUUGCCUUUGGUCUAUCACUGCUUACCUUGACAUCGAUGGCUGCUCACCCACUUCCUCGUCCAAACUUCACGCAUCUGGCAGACGUCGUACAGCGUCCUCGCUUCCUCACACAUUGGGAGAGAGUUCGUCAUCGUCAAGCUCAUUGGUUCGUUGAAUGCAUGGCUGAGUUUACUGGAGUAUUCCUCUAUGUCUUCGCUGGUGUGGGCUCUACUGCCCCAUUCGUUUGUGGGAACAUUCUAGGAGAGAGCCUAUCUUCGAUUCUACAGAUUGGUAUGGCAUAUAGUAUCGGUAUCGUCCUGGCGCUAGUCAUUUGUUCUUCGACAUCCGGGGGCCACUUCAAUCCUGCUGUCACAAUUUCGUUUGUUUUGUUCAAGAAGUUCCCUCCGCUCAAGGCUGUGAGAUAUAUUGCCGCGCAGAUCCUCGGAGGAUAUGUCGCAUGUCUUCUCAUUUAUGUUCAAUACCACCACCUCAUCUCCUUGGCCGAAGCGACAUUGGAGGCAGCGGGCAGACUCGAUGCUGUCAACUUCACUCCCGUUGGCCCAGCAGGAAUCUUUGGUCUCUAUCUUAUGCCAGGUAGCAAGCUUGGUCAAGUAUUCCUGAAUGAGUUCAUCUGCGACUUUAUCAUUGGUAUCACUAUCUGGUCUUGCCUCGAUCCAACUAACUUCUUGGCAACUCCCGUCGCUGCUCCAUGGAUCAUCGCUUUCGUAUACGGUAUCGUGGUCUGGGGUUUCUCUCCCCCUGGCGUCGCUGCAAAUGCCGCCCGUGAUGUGGGCGGCCGUCUGGCCGCCGUCACCAUUUGGGGUACGAAAGCUGGGGGAGGAAGCUAUGCCGCCCUCGCUGCACUUACCAACAUUCCCGCCACCAUCCUUGGUGGACUGUUUUACGAGUUCAUCCUCGCCGAUUCGUCUCGGGUGAUUACUUCGAGCCAUAUUGAGUUCCUGGCUGGGCACAGAGCUCAUGCUGAGCAUAAGGAGAAUAACCAUUUGGGACGAGGCACUUCAGGCUCGCCAUAUUCUGAGCAGACGUCGGAUGGCGGAAAAGCUCACAUUGAAACGGUUGAGCGUGUUUAAGCCGGGCUGAAUAUGUUUAACGUACCUCUUCUUGGCCGGCAGUCUUGUGGGCCAUAUGGGGUACUUCGGCUGGUACUGCGGUUGGUCUAUUUUCUUCUGCGCAAAGUGUAUUACUUCUCUUGAAUCCUAAAUAAUACUACCUGAGCGUUGGCGUCGUAUAUUGUGCCAUGCUUGCGGUAAUCGGGAAGAUGUGAAGACAACAG